UGUGCGCGCGCCCCCUCUAGUUCUUUCUCUCCCUGGGUGAAGACAGAAGUUGAUCUGCUGACCAGAAGAAGCAGCAGCAGUCACACUGCAGAAAUGCCGUAUCCCUCGCACGCAUUUGCCGUCGUUCUCAUCGUUGUGCUCGCGCUCCAGCAGUCGGCAGGAUUCUGGCUUUUUAACGUGAUCUUUCCACCAAACGCCGACGCUCGCGAGGGGAGCAACAGCACACCACCACUAAUCAUCGUGCCAGGGAAUAUCGGCAACCGCCUCGAAGCCAAAAUCGACAAACCCACGCUGGUGCACUGGCUGUGCUACAAGAAGACCGAGGACUGGUUUCCUCUCUGGAUCGACCUCAACAUGUUCAUGCCGAUUGGUAUCGACUGCUGGAUUGACAACAUGAGGAUCGUGUACAACCGAACGACUCACAGGACGUCCAACUCUCCUGGUGUGGAAGUGCGAGUCCCUGGAUUCGGCCAGACGUACAGUAUAGAGUUCCUUGAUAACAACAAUCUGGCAGGUUAUUUUUUCACCAUGGUUGAACAUUUGGUCAGCAUUGGAUACGUGCGCAAUAAGACUGUUCGAGCUGCACCGUACGAUUGGAGGAUUGCCCCGAAUGAGCAGGAUGAGUAUUUCGGACGCCUAAAGAGUCUAGUGGAGGAGAUGCACGAUGAGUACAAGCAGCCCGUCCAUCUGCUGGGCCACAGUAUGGGAAGCCUUUACAUCCUCUAUUUCCUCAAUCAGCAAAGCCAGGCCUGGAAAGAUCAAUACAUUAGGAGCUUCAUCUCACUGGGAGCACCGUGGGGUGGAGCUGUGAAGCCUCUCCGAGUUUUAGCAUCAGGCGACAACGAUGGCAUCCCACUGGUGUCCUCUAUCAAGAUCCGCGAGGAGCAGCGCAUGACUACCACGAACCCUUGGAUGAUCCCAUCCGAGGAGGCAUGGCCUGAUGAUCAUGUCUUCAUCUCUACACCGUCCUUCAACUACACCCACCAGGACUACCGCCGCUUCUUCAGCGACAUAAACUUCGAGGAUGGUUGGUACAUGUGGGAGGGCACGAGAAACCUCACAGCAGGUCUCCCGACCCCCGGAGUGGAGGUGCACUGUUUCUAUGGCGUCGGCCGACCCACACCCAUCACGUACAUCUACGACGAGCAGUUCCCGAACAGUGAUCCCGUGGACUUUCUGUACGAGGAUGGGGAUGACACCGUGGACAGCCGCAGCAUGAGCAUGUGCAAGCGCUGGAUAGGAAAACAAACGCAACCAGUGUACGUGACUGAAUUCAGCGGCAUGGCCCACCUCGACAUCGUCUUCAACCAUAACGUCCUCAAUGCCAUUCAGGAGAUCCUCGAGGGAACAGUUCCGAAGGAUGAGACUGUCCGUACUAUCUUUGUGAAGCAAACCGAGAAACGCAACCUCAUUACCCAGAGUCCUUAAAUAGAGUUUUAAAAUUGAUUUCAUAAAUUCAUAUUGGUUAACUUUAAAGGUGCCUUGGAAAUUUAAAGUCCUUUAGGAUGUAAAAGAGGGGCAAAGGGGGUAAUGUGUACCAUGUUACCAUGUGUGUAUAUAUAUAUUCUACAUAAAAAUAGGAUAUAAAAUGACUGCAGUUUGUAUAGAAUAUACAGAUUCUACAAUAUGUACAGAUGAAUUAUAUAUCACUCAUGUACAUCCAUCUUUUUUUUUUUCCUACGAUGAAGUUUUAGUGCCAUGUUAAAAAUAAUCUAAGAUUUGUGAAUAAAGUUGUAAUAUUUGGGGAAUAAGGCCAAAAUAAGAUUAUCCUAUGAAUCCGUAUGACACAAAGUUUUGGCACCCCGGACCCUGAAGUACGGGAGAUGGCAGAGACAACGAGCACACCAGUAUUCAAGUUUUUCAGGGUCGUUUUCAGAUCGUUCUUCCCGAUCUCUUGAGAAAUCUCUCAGUGUAAUCUCUCUUUGAAAAGCACACAGAUGUAACUAUCCAUAUCCUCGGGGUCGAUCACUGGUCGCCAUUUCCUACAGAACCACUGCAGUGUUCGUUUACUAAUAACUGUUCUGAUGCAGCAAAAGAAAGAAUUUCCUUAUUGUUCACCUAAAGUAGGAUUUAACCAAAUCCUCCACAUCUUAUAUUUGAUGCAAAGCAGCGAAACAUACGACAGCAUUUUAGUGCCACAAUCAAUUUUUAAAAUAGAUUCAAAUAGUAAAAUCGUAGCAAUAUGAAAAUGAAGUAAACAUUUCGAAAAUAAAGUCAAAAUUACGAGAAUAAAGUGGUAAUAUUAAAAAAAAUAGAAUUGUGAGAAACGUUUUGCAUAAAUUGGAUGUGGAGAAUUUGGUUAAAUUGUUCUUUAGGUUAGAAUUUAGCAAUAAGGAAAUUAUUUGUCUUUAGGCCCAUUAGCAUGGAGUUAUAAUUAGUAAACGGACACUGCAGCGAUUCUGUAGAGAAAUUUAUUUAUUCACUAGAGAAAUUCUGACAGACAUUUGAGGAAAUUGCCUCUUUUGUGCAGUAUGAAAUGGCGACCAGCGAUCGAUCGAUGGUGCAUAUUCGUGUUAUUUAAAGAAAUGGUUACUCUACGAUGAUGAUGAGCAAAAGAAAUCCACUCUGAAGGAACCCUGCCGCACUUUAGUACUUUAGCCGGGGUUAAAAUAUUAAAUAAUAAUAUUUUUAAUAUUAUUUUUUAUUGUUUUUAACGUGGCACUAAAACACCGUCGUGAAAUUUUUUUCCGCAAUUACCGUUUUUAAUAUCAUAUUGCUAUGGAUUUAUUCUCGUAAACGUGUAAAUUUCCUAAAAUAUCACGCCUUUAUUCUCACAAUCUCAGAUUUUAUUGUGUUUUUAACGUGGCUCUAAAACACCAUUGUACUUUUCCCCUUUUUCCAUCCACGAUUUUGUUAAAUGCUAUUCCUCCACCUAGUGGACAAAAAUACAACAACAUAUAUUUCAAUAUUUAAUUUGUAAAGUUUAGUGUCUAUUUUGUGACCUUUGGUUAACACUUAAAAUGUGUUUUAUUUGUAUUAAUUAUUGGACAACUCAACCGUCUGUACAGUGAUUGAACUGAGAAAGCAUGCUAUCAUUCGAUUCUAUUAUAUUUAUAAAGGAAUUUUGAAAUCCA